CCGCUACAUAAUCUAUCAAAGAUGCUCGUGUCUCGUGAAAACGUACCUCGAUCAAUGAAGAAGAAUCUGUAAAAGUGUGUGAUCGAGAAAAUUUAUCGGUUAACAUACAAAAAGAAAAAAAAAGUGCUAAUAGGUGAUUUUUAUAAAGUGUAAUUGGAAGAAAAAAAAAGUAGUUAACAAGUAGGUGGCUAUGAAGCCCAUCAACAGUGGUCCCCGAGUAACCCGCCUCAUUGAGUUCGAACGUCGCGCUGCAGCGCCUAUCAGCUGUCGAAAGUCAAGCUAGAGAGCCUGAUUUUUUAUCGUUUUUUUUUUCCUUUUUUUUUUCGUUAACAUGACUUUGACUGAUCGUCAGUAGCAGCAGCAAAGUGAACUCUACAGAGCUGCCACAACCCGUCAACUGUGAAAAACGAUCGUCAACGGGCGGAAUAAUAGCCCAUCUUAGUGCAAAUCUUAUCUACAACAAGAGGAAAGAGAAGAAAAAUGUCGGGCAAUUAUACGGUGCGCUGCGAGCCCGGCUUGGUGGUGCCGGUCUGGUACCCGAGCGAGAAUCUCGACCUCUUCGACGUGGUCUUUCGCGGCCUCGUCUACUUCUUCGUCCUCAUGUACCUGUUCAUCGGCGUGUCCAUCAUAUCCGACCGUUUCAUGGCCGCCAUCGAGGUGAUCACGUCCAAGGAGAAGGAGCUGGUGGUGAAGCGCCAGGGCAAGGAGCCGCAGAUCAUCGUGGUCCGCGUCUGGAACGAGACCGUGGCCAAUCUGACCCUCAUGGCGCUGGGCAGUAGUGCGCCCGAGAUCCUCCUGUCCAUCAUCGAGAUCUACGCGAAGGGCUUCCAAGCGGGCGAGCUGGGCCCAAGCACGAUCGUCGGCUCGGCCGCCUACAAUCUCUUUGUCAUCAUCGCGAUCUGCGUGUCCGUCAUACCGAACGGCGAGACGCGCAAGAUCAAGCAUCUGCGGGUGUUCUUCGUCACGGCCGCCUGGAGCAUAUUCGCCUACGUCUGGCUGUACAUAAUCCUAGCCGUGUCGUCGCCCGGCGUGCUCGAGGUCUGGGAGGGCCUGCUCACCUUCAUGUUUUUCCCGGCCACGGUGCUGACGGCCUACAUAGCCGAUCAACGCCUCCUCAACAAGUACCUGAGCAAGGGCUACCGCAUGAACAAGCGAGGCGUCAUCGUGGAGACGGAGGCCGGCGACUCGGACGGCGGUGUCGAGCUCGAGAUCAAGAGCCAGGACGGCAACGUCAACGGCAUGAUCGACAAGUACAUGGACGCCGAUUCGGCGGAGUCGCGCGAAUUCGAGCAGACGCGACGCGACUACAUCAAGACGCUCAAGGAGCUGCGCAAGCGUUACCCGCAGCUGGCGCUCGAGCAGCUCGAGGUGAUGGCGCACGAGGAGGUGCUGGGCAAGGGCCCCAAGAGCCGAGCCUUCUACCGGGUGCAGGCCACGCGCAAGAUGGUCGGCGCCGGCAAUCUCAGCCGCAAGAUCAGCGAGCGCGCCCAGAGCGAUCUGAGCGAGGUCAAAGCCGAGCUGCAGCGCGCCGAGGCCGAGAGCAUCGACAUCGAGAACAUCAACGCGAUGAGGAUCUACUUCGAGCCGGGCCACUACACCGUCAUGGAGAACGUCGGCACGUUCGAGGUGGGGGUCGCCAGGACCGGCGGCGACUUGAAUCGGCCCUGCGAGGUGGAGUACUGCACCGAGGACGGCACAGCCGAGGCCGGCUCCGAUUACGUCAGUGUCAAGGGUACGCUGCGCUUCGAGCCCGGCGAGACGCGAAAAGUCAUCUCGGUCUCGGUCAUCGACGACGAGCUCUUCGAGGAGGACGAGCACUUUUACGUCAGGCUGGUAAACUGCUCGCAACCGGCGAUGCUGGCGUCGCCGAGCCUUGCCACAGUCAUGAUCCUCGACGACGACCACAGCGGCAUCUUCGGCUUCCCGGAGCGCGACGUCGAGCUGAUCGAGAGCAUCGGCCAGUUCCCCCUGCGCGUCAUACGCUACAGUGGGGCGCGCGGCCGCGUCGUCAUCCCGUAUCGCACCAUCGAGGGCACGGCCAAGCCCGGCAAGCAGUACGUCCACAACGAGGGAAGUCUCACCUUUGAGGACAAUCAGACAGAAAAAGUCAUAAAUCUUACGAUAAUUGAAGAAGACUCUUAUGAGAAGGAUGCGCUAUUCUACGUGGAACUCGGCAAGCCGCAGCUUCAAGGGGAAUUCAUUUAUUUGCUUAUAGCCGAGGCAGGACUGGCUGUGGCCGCCGAGAUGAAAGCGCCGGAGGACCGCACGGAAGAGGAGAAAAUGGCACUGCUGGGCAGGCCAAAGCUUGGCGAGAUAUUCCGCGCACAGAUCAGGAUCAAGGAAUCCAAGGAAUUCAAGAAUACCGUCGACAAACUUGUACAGAGGGCCAAUGCCUCGAUUAUUUUGGGCACGAGCUCGUGGAAGGAGCAGUUCACGGAAGCGCUGACCGUCAGCGGCGGUGACGACGACGAGGACGGCGAGGAAAGCGGGGACGGUGCGGCGAGACAACCGUCUUCGCCCUCGGUCGGUGACUAUCUCAUGCACUGCCUCACCAUCUUCUGGAAAGUCCUCUUCGCCUUUGUCCCGCCGACCGAUAUCGCUGGUGGUUAUCUCUGCUUCGUCGUCAGUAUCGUGGGCAUCGGCGUCGUUACAGCCAUCAUCGGCGACGUGGCGUCGUAUUUCGGCUGCACCCUCGGCAUCAAAGAUUCCGUCACUGCCAUACUAUUUGUUGCACUCGGCACCAGCAUACCAGACACGUUCGCGAGCAAGGUGGCCGCCUGCCAGGAUAAGUACGCCGACGCCAGUGUGGGCAACGUGACCGGAAGCAAUGCCGUUAACGUCUUCCUGGGUAUCGGCAUCGCGUGGAGCAUCGCCGCCAUCUACCACAGCUACAAGGGCUCGGUCUUCAACGUCGAUCCUGGAAACUUGGCAUUCUCUGUGACGCUGUUCUGCAGCGAGGCUUGCGUCGUCAUAGUGAUUCUAAUGCUCCGGCGGUCCAAAGCAAUCGGUGGUGAACUCGGUGGACCGGUGGGGAUCAAAAUCUUCACGUCCAUGGUACUCUUCGGACUUUGGAUCUUUUACUUGAUCAUGUCGACUCUUGAGGCUUACGGUGUAAUUGAGGGCUUCUAAGUACACUUUUAGGCUCCUCUUUUACUAAUAUAAAUACAAAAAAAAAUUUUUAAUCACCGCCGCAACCGACACGAAUACAUACUACAUUUAGGCCUACGAUUUUAAGUAAUUAAUGUAUAAAAAAAGACAUUUCAAUACGAGAGGAGCGCUCAAAGGCAGAUUCUUAUGAUCUGCCAUAUUGUAGCUAGAUUUUUAUGAAAAAUAGUAAUAAGUGCGAUUGGAGUUUCGGAAUGCUGCUGGUGUGAAUGAUAGAAUAAUUAUAAAGAAUACCAAUAUUAAUGUAAAAGUGAAUAAUAAAAAUGAAUCAAUACUGCAUGUACUUAAGUAAACGACAAUGUAAACGAAGCAUGUCAUGAGAAUAGAAUUUUACGGAAAAAUACGAUAUAUGCCUUAAAUAUAGAAAAGAAAUACCAUGUAGACCGUAAGAAAUGGUACGAAUGGGAGUAAAGAACAAAAAAAUUAAAGCAUCAACUUUAAAUAUAGUAAUAAUAAAAAUAUGUAUAGUCUAAACGUAAUGAUUAAAUCUAGUCAGCGUAAAGUACAUGACUUGCGAAUCAGGACGUUAUUAUACUGAGAUUAUAACUGUUAUACAUAUACAUACUUAUACACAUUAAAAAUUAUUAUUUAUACAUGGAAUACGAUUUUUCAGUUAAAAAAGAUGUUUGUUAUAAUAAUGGUACAGGUUUCUAUCCGAUGAAUAUUAUAUAUAAGAAAUAUUAUACAGCAGCGCGAAAAACUGUGUCACUGUUCCUUCCCAUCAGAGAUUCAAUAAGAUGAAUUGUAUAAUUUUUUACAAAGUACAUGCAUUACAGGGUUAAAUAUAUUUUACAUUAUAAGUAACAAAUCAUCAUAUGUGUACUCUGAGGUAUACUUUCACUUUGCGAAUAUUCGGUUCACUUUUUUUUCUCUUCAAAAAUGUUACUGCUAAUUUUAAAAAUAGCAACACUUUUUAUACUUUAGCUUAACCAAUUAGUAAUAAAAUAAUGCUUGAAGCAGUCAGUACUUAAUUCGUAUCAAUUCUUUAGUCAAUUUAAAAAGUCUAUGAAACUAAUAUUUUUUUGGACAAUAAUAUACUUAUCAUAUAUUAUUGACGACCAUAUUUAAGUGUUCAUUUUAAUGGAUUAGCUUUUAACAAAAUUAAAUAAAUGUAAAGAAAAUAAUUUGGCA